AUGCGAGUACAAUUGCAAAAUGAUCCAUCAGCACAAAUAUUUUCCGAACAACUACUAGAUAUUGGGAACGGUAAAAUAGAACUGCAACCAAAUACGCAAUGCAUUAAACUACCAGACAAUUUUUGCACUGUUGUUCAGGAUAAAAAUGAAUUGAUUCAGAGUAUUUUCCCGGAUAUACAGAAUAAUUAUUUGAAUCAUGAAUGGCUCAGUCAACGGGCGAUUUUGGCAGCCAAAAACGUUGAUGUUGACGAAAUUAACUUCCAGAUACAACAGUUGUUACCAGGCGAUCUGAUGUCUUUUAAAUCAAUCGAUACUGUUGUUGAUGAAAAUGAAAGUGUAAAUUUUCCGAUUGAAUUUUUAAAUUCAUUAGAUAUACCUGGAAUGCCACCACAUAAUCUUCGAUUAAAGAUUGGUUCCCCUAUUAUUCUCCUCCGUAAUUUGAAUCCGCCUCAAUUAUGUAACGGUACGCGUUUGGUCAUCAAAAAGAUCACCGGUAACAUUCUUGAAGCAACCAUUUUGGCUGGGAAGUUUAAAGGAAAAGUGGUUUUGCUGCCACGUAUUCCGAUGAUACCAUCAGAUUCUACCAUACCCUUCAAAAGGCUACAGUUUCCAAUUCGUUUAGCUUUCGCCAUGUCUAUAAAUAAAUCUCAAGGUCAAACAAUGUCCAUUUGUGGUUUAGAUUUGGAAAAUCCAUGUUUUUCUCAUGGGCAACUAUAUGUUGCGUGUUCACGUGUUGGGAAACCGUCGUCGAAUCUAUUUGUGUUAGCUAAAGACAGGUUAACCAAAAACAUUGUGCACCGAUUGGUGUUAAAUUAA